AUGGUGAAGAGGAAAAGCUCCGAAGGCCAGGACCAGGAGAGCGGCCGAGGGGUUCCGCUGCCUAUCCAGACCUUCCUGUGGAGGCAAACCAGUGCAUUUUUGAGACCCAAACUGGGAAAACAAUAUGAAGCUUCAUGUGUGUCUUUUGAAAGAGUUUUGGUUGAAAACAAGCUGCAUGGUCUUUCACCAGCUCUUUCUGAAGCCAUCCAGAGCAUUUCACGCUGGGAAUUGAUUCAAGCUGCCUUACCACAUGUCCUUCACUGCACAGCCACUCUGCUUUCCAACCGGAACAAGUUAGGACAUCAGGACAAACUUGGUGUUGCUGAGACAAAACUCCUUCACACUCUCCAUUGGAUGUUGCUAGAAGCACCUCAAGACUGCAGCAAUGACCUCUUUGGAGGAUCAGGAGACAGAGGAUCAAGUUGGAGAGGAAGCAGCAGUGCUUUUAUCCACCAGAUUGAAAACCAAGGAUCUCCAGAGCAAUCGAGAUGUGACAGCACCAAUGAGGAAGAAGAGAACAGCAGAAGGAAGUUCUUUCAGAAUUCAAUGGCCACUGUGGAGCUUUUUGUAUUCUUAUUUGCUCCUCUGGUUCAUAGGAUUAAAGAAUCUGAUCUGACUUUUCGUCUUGCCAGUGGUCUUGUUAUUUGGCAGCCAAUGUGGGAACACAGGCAGCCAGAAGUCACUGCCUUUACCGCACUGGUUAAGCCCAUCAGGAAUAUAAUCACAGCAAAGAGGAGUUCUCCAAUCAAAAACCAGGGCCUUACUUGUGAAUCUCCUAACCUGGAUGCUGGGCAUACAGAGAGUGCAGGUGAAGGGCUCAUAAUAGUGUGUGAAUCAACCGAAUCGGACUCCAUUCCACCAAGGCAGCCCUUCCUGGGUUGCCACCGUGGAAAUUCCAUUGAUGGAAGCAUCUCAUCCCAAGCCUCCCAAGAGAAAGGACCCCCCUAUCCUAGGGUGUCUUUGGUGAUCCCACCAUGCCAAAAGUCCCGCUACGCCACUUACUUUGAUGUUGCUGUAUUACGAUGCCUGCUUCAGCCCCACUGGUCCGAGGAAGGCACGCAAUGGUCCUUGAUGUAUUACCUCCAGAGGCUGCGCCACAUGUUAGAAGAAAAGCCAGAGAAAUCACUUGACCCAGAAAUCCCACCAUUGCCAAGGCCACGCAGUAGUUCUAUGGUGGCUGCCACUCCCUCACUAGUCAAUACUCACAAAACACAGGAUCUCACAAUGAAAUGCAAUGAGGAAGAAAAAUCAUUAAGUACGGAAGCUUUUGCCAAAGUAUCCCUAACUAACCUGCGGAGACCAGCAGUUCCAGAUCUCUCCUCUGAUUUGGGAAUGAAUAUAUUUAAAAAGUUCAAGAGCCGCAAGGAGGAUCGGGAGCGCAAGGGCUCUAUUCCUUUCCACCACACAGGGAAGAAAAGACAACGACGAACGGGAGUGCCCUUCCUGCUCCACGAAGACCAUUUGGAUGUAUCACCUACUCGAAGCACAUUCUCUUUUGGCAGCUUUUCUGGGAUUGGUGAAGACAGGCGUGGCAUUGAGAGAGGAGGGUGGCAAACCACUAUCCUAGGGAGAUUUACUAGGCGGGGCAGUUCCGAUACAGCUACCGAGAUGGAGAGUCUGAGUGCUCGGCAUUCCCAUUCCCACCACACUUUGGUUACUGACCUGCCAGACCACUCCAACAGCCAUGUACGUUCCCAAAUUUCCACCAUCACAGUGGCCACCUUCAAUACCACACUGGCCUCUUUCAAUGUGGGCUAUGCUGACUUCUUCAGUGAACACAUGCGCAAGCUCUGCAACCAGGUGCCCAUACCAGAAAUGCCCCAUGAGCCCCUGGCAUGUGCCAAUCUCCCUCGAAGUCUGACAGAUUCUUGCAUCAACUAUAGUUGCCUGGAAGAUACAGAACACAUAGAUGGGACCAGCAACUUUGUCCACAAGAAUGGCAUGUUGGAUCUUUCGGUGGUUCUUAAAGCAGUUUAUUUGGUCCUGAAUCAUGACAUCAGCUCCCGAAUCUGUGAUGUGGCCCUCAAUAUUGUGGAAUGCCUGCUUCAGCUUGGUGUGGUGCCCUGUGUGGAGAAAGUCAGAAGGAAAAGUGAGAAUAAAGAGAAUGAAACCAAUGAGAAGAGACAAAGCGAGACUUCCUUUCAACUCAAGGGGGCUUUGACUACCUCAGCAUCUGGAUUUGGGACUGCUCCGGUCACUGGAACAGGAGAUGGCAGUGGAGAAGGAGGAGGAGGAGGAGGAGGAGGAGGAGGAGGAGUUGGAAGUGCUGCUGGAGGAGGAGGUGGUGGUGGAGGAGAUGGAGGAGGUGGAGGAGGAGGAGGAGGGGGAGAAGGUGGAGGAAGAUCUUUUGAAAAGAAUGAUAAAAAGGAAGACAAGGAUGAAAAUACUCCAGUAAGCACCCAUAGGCUGGCUCUGACAAUGCUAAUAAAAAUUGUGAAGUCUCUGGGCUGCGCAUAUGGCUGUGGAGAAGGCCACCGAGGACUCUCUGGCGAUCGUCUGAGACAUCAGGUAUACAAAUGCAGAAGGAUGGAAAAUACUGCUCAGAACUGUCUUACAAAGCUGUAUAAGCUGGAUAAAAUGCAGUUUCGUCAGACAAUGAGAGAUUAUGUGAACAAGGAUUCACUGAACAACGUGGUGGAUUUUUUACAUGCUUUGCUAGGAUUCUGCAUGGAGCCAGUCACUGACAACAAGGCUGGUUUUGGAAAUAAUUUCACCACUGUGGACAACAAGUCUACAGCCCAAAGUAUUGAAGGCAUUAUUGUCAGUGCCAUGUUCAAAUCUCUGAUCACCCGCUGUGCCUCUACUACACACGAGCUCCAUAGUCCUGAGAAUCUGGGUUUGUACUGUGACAUCCGACAACUGGUACAGUUUAUCAAAGAAGCUCAUGGAAAUGUUUUCAGAAGAGUAGCUCUUAGUGCCCUUUUGGACAGUGCAGAAAAGUUGAUCCCAGGAAGAAAAACAGAAGAAAAUACUGAACAAGAACCCAAACCAUCAGGGAGUAAAAAAUCUGAAGUAGGAAGUGUUGUUAUUGAUAAAGGACAGCUAUCUUCUGCUCCUGAUGAAUGUCGUAGCUAUAUCUCAGGCCGCCCAAUGCAAACUCCUGAGCAUGAUGAACAAAUGCAAGGAGCAGCCCUAGGCCGCAAGGAUUUCUGGCGAAAAAUGUUUAAAUCUCAGAGCGCAGCAAGUGACACCAGCAGCCAGUCGGAACCAGACACCUCUGAAUGCACAACUGCACACUCAGGAAUGACCACUGAAAGGCGCUCCCGCUCCCGUUCCAGACGGAUUUCCCUGAGGAAGAAACUCAAACUCCCGCUAGGGAACUGGCUGAAACGUUCAUCAAUUUCUGGUCUGGCAGAUGGCGUAGAAGAUCUUCUGGAUAUCAGCUCUGUAGAUCGUCUCUCUUUCAUCAGGCAGAGCUCCAGGGUGAAAUUUACUAGUGCAGUGAAGCUAUCAGAAGGCGGGCCUGGAAGUGGCAUGGAAAAUGGACGUGAAGAAGAGGAGAAUUUCUUCAAGCGUCUUGGUUGCCAGACUUAUGAGGAUCAUCUGGCUUCCAGCCAAGAGGGAAACAAAUCCAAAAAUGUGGUGAACUUGGGAGCCAUUCGGCAAGGCAUGAAGCGGUUUCAGUUUCUCCUAAACUGCUGUGAACCAGGAACAAUCCCUGAUGCUUCUAUCCUUGCAGCUGCUCUUGAUCUCGAGGCACCGGUGGUGGCGCGGGCAGCCCUUUUCUUGGAAUGUGCUCGCUUUGUGCAUCGCUGCAACCGGGGCAACUGGCCAGAAUGGAUGAAGGGGCAUCAUGUGAACAUUACUAAGAAAGGCCUUUCUCGUGGCCGCUCUCCAAUCGUGGGGAAUAAACGAAACCAGAAGUUACAGUGGCAUGCAGCCAAGCUCUUCUAUCAGUGGGGGGAAGCAAUUGGUGUCCGUCUCAACGAGCUUUGCCAUUGUGAGAGUGAGAGCCCGGCCAAUCUGCUGGGCCUCAUUUAUGAUGAGGAGACCAAGAGAAGGCUGAGAAAGGAGGAUGAGGAAGAAGACUUUUUAGAUGACA